CGAUGUAUUUGUCGGUAUAGAAAGAAAGUUCUGGAAGCAGACUACGAGACGACGAAUCCGAUCCGACGCAGACACAGAGGGCGGCCUUCGUUCGCUCCCGCCUGCUCCUCUUUUUGGGUCUUUACUUCUUCCUCCUCGACCAUCUCAUCACUCCGGGGUUGCUAGCGAGAGGGAGACAUGGGGGUCGAGAGGAGCCACGGUGGUUGCAUGGCCAUCGGUUCGCUGCCGCCGCACUCCAUCUUCAGGUGCGCUCACAGCGCUUCCGCCGCUAAUGUCGGUGAUCAGACGUGUGGUUCACCAAGAUGGAUCGGGAAAGGAUUAUCUUGUGUUUGUAUGAAACGCAAAGGAACUUAUGAGCGCAUUUGCAUGAAUCUCACUCCUUUGCAGGAAAAGAGACUUCAAAGAUUGAAGCAUCGUGUGAAUGUUUAUUUUGAUGGUUCAAGAUGUGAACAUCAGGAAGCUCUCAGGGCGCUUUGGUAUGCGACAUACCCUGAUAAAGAGCUCAGUGACCUUGUAUCCGACCAGUGGAAGGAGAUGGGCUGGCAGGGGAAGGAUCCGUCCACUGACUUUAGGGGUGCCGGGUUUAUUUCAUUGGAGAAUCUUCUAUUCUUUGCGAAAACAUUCUCUAGGUUGCUAAACAAGCAGUUUGGAAAUCGAUCUACAUGGGAGUAUCCUUUUGCGGUGGCUGGUGUCAAUAUCACUUUCAUGAUAAUACAAAUGCUAGAUCUUCAAUCCUCAAAGACGAGGACAUUCGCCAGAGCGGUCUUCGUCCAAAUGCUGUCUGAGGAUGAGUGGGCUUUCGACUUGCUCUACUGUGUAGCAUUCAUGUUGAUGGACAAGCAGUGGCUAGAACGAAAUGCGUCCUACAUGGAAUUCAAUGAGGUUCUGAAGUCGACUCGAGCUGCGCUCGAGAGGGAGCUUUUGAUGGAUGAUGUACUUAGGAUAGAAGACAUGCCUUCUUAUAGCCUCCUUGGGUGACUUGUCGAAUUGUAAAUUAUGCCUAAUCGUCUUGCUCAGUUCAUGGUUUCUUCACUGUUUGUAUGAAUUUUUGUUGGAAUACAUAUAAUUUAUUGUCGGA